AUGACUAAAGUUAAUAAACCACCCACGACCAGCAACCCCAAUAUUAAAUUAAAGAAACCCAAUUCGAAAGAAGAAGAGGACUUCAACCUACCGGUAAAAAAAACAGUGAUCGCAAAAAACAUAAAGGUUGUGAAAAAACCUGAAGAUAUAAGUCCAUCUCCGAAAAAAAGCGAAAAUGAAAGUGUUCAAAAAGACCCAGCCAAGAAGGAUGUGAACAGUACAGACGGCAAGUCUAAAACUGCGACAACUGAUAGUAAAGAGAAAAGCGGCGCGGACAGUAAUUCACAAAAAAAUGCGGAUGCCGGUGGAGACGUGCAACUGGGGUACUUCUCCUGGCUGUGGAGGUACUUUCCCAAAAAGAAGGCCUAA